AUGGCUGACGGGACUAACCCCUCGACACGAAAGCGAAAAGCGACAUCGCCCGCCGCUGACGUCCAUCGACCUGAAAUCCCACCUUCACCCGGCUCAUCCAUUUCUGAAGACUCUUCCAUUUCCGCCACUGGGCGCUGGCUCCGAGGUCAGCCAGAUCACAUUGAGCACUGGCUUAGAGGGCUCCCCGAUCCUCUGGACGGGUACGCGUUCGACGAUGAAGAGCCUCCGCAUCGACCUCUAUCUGUCGACAACUGUGAUAUAAACCGAGAGAAAUAUUCCUGGUAUUGCACCUCGUCCUACCUGGACGCGUUGGCAGCCUCGCACAGCUUUCCGACCUCGUCGCCGGCUGGACUUACGGACUACGAUGAAACAUAUUGCAGCGCAGUGCUUUUGAGACCUCGCAUCAACCCUGAUCUUCUUUUGUUCCACGCAGACGUGUGCGACAGCCUCGCGGGCCAAUCUGAAUACACGAUCAUGAUGAGUCUACACAUCUUUGUCGCGCCAUCGGCCGAGUACCAAUAUAUGCUUGACAAGGAGCCUGAAUUCAAGGGCCUCGCAGAAUAUUAUGACCACCCUUGGAUCAAGACAAUGGCGUUUGACGGACCUCCUCCACAGCCAGAUCACACCUAUGGAUUUCACCCCUCCAAAUUCACAAAAUUCCAGCGGAGAAAACUCAACAUGAAUCCAUCCGGCGAAUUCUACCACGUCGCAAAGCACGACCUCUGGUUCCCCUUCCUGACUAGCCACUGCAAAUGCGGCAGGAGAGCGCGCGAAAUAGGCGAGCGGGCUGCCCUCCAUUCCAUGACCGUCGCCAUGCAAGCUAUUGUUAACCUCUAUCGGAGAGCGAAUCGUGCCUGGGAGUUACACAGGACGAUCCGCGGAUUUUCCAUCGUCUACGAUGAGAAGAGUGCCGUUAUCUUUGGCCAUUAUGCCGAAAUUGACGGCCAACGGACGUCCUUCUACCGGGACGUCAUCAAGAAGGUUGACCUCACCGACGAGACCGAGAAAUGGACUUGUUGGCGAUUUGUGUUGAACGUUUGUCAAUAUUAUUCGUCGAGCUUUCUCCAGCAGCUUCAAGAGGUGAUUGACGAGCUGCCUGAUCCCGCCGAAGCUGCAGAAGUCCGCCCUGGACCUGCCGGCGGCGGCGGGGAUUCGACGGAUGCAGCGCCGAGUAUUGAGAUCUUGGACUAA